CCUUUGUCUCAAAAUAAAAUAUGAUCCUCAACUGCGUUUCCCCUCCAGUCAGCAGGCGGCGAUGUGCGUCUUUCAGGCGACGCUGCCAGCGUGACGUAUAAUCUAGUGGACGGUUCUUCAGAAACAGCUCGUCAACCACCUCGGUAGCUUGCUAGCCAACAUAGCCGAUAGAUUCAAGAUAUUUAUACGAUUUCGGUGUAUAUUAGCUACUGUGUUUUAGACACACUUCUGUGUCUAAACUUGUUAACCUGUUUAAUUUAAUAUUACGUUAUUUUGUAUUAGUCAGCUUUAGUAGCUGGCUGGUUUAAGUUAGCAGGAGCCUAGUCGCUAAUGAUAGCUAGCUAGCUAACAUCCCCGACCAUGAGCUCCCUAAACUACUCUCCUCCUGUUAAAGAAGAUGAGGUCUGCUGGACGGAGAAAGAGGGUCUGUGGCAGAACAUUGUUGUGAAAGAGGAGAAGGAAGAGGAGGAUGUUACAGUAAAACAAGUAGAAGGUGAGGCUGUUACAGUGAAAGAAGAGAAAGACGUUUCAGUGAAAGAAGAGAAAGACGUUUCAGUGAAAGAAGAGGAAGACACGUUCAGAGUAAAAGAAGAGGAGGAUGAGAAGGAGGAGGGGGAGAUUACUGUCACAUUGGAGGAAGAAGAGGAGGUUGGUGAUCUGUUUAACACCAGAGAGAGACGGGACUACCGUGGAUCCUCUGGGGAGUCUCAACAACCUCAUGAUGCUGACAAGGCAGAGAAGAGUCUCUCUAGAUCAGAACACCUCAAAAAACGCCUGCAGAGAUCCACAGGGAAGAGAACUCACUGCUGCUCUGACUGUGGGAAGAAUUUCACCUCAUCAGGCAUUAAAAUUCAUCAGAGAAUCCACACAGGAGAGAAACCUUAUAGCUGUAAUCAAUGUGGGAAGAGUUUUGUUCAAUCUGGCUCUCUGACUUUACACCAGAGAACACACACAGGAGAGAAACCUUAUAGCUGUGAUCAAUGCGGGAAGAGUUUUGUUCAAUCUGGCCAGCUGACUUUACACCAGAGAACACACACAGGAGAUAAACCUUAUAGCUGUGAUCAAUGUGGGAAUAGUUUUACUGCAUCUAGCUAUCUGACUUCACACCAGAGAACACACACAGGAGAGAAACCUUUUAGCUGUGCUCAAUGUGGGAAGAGUUUUACUGCAUCUAGCUCUCUGACUUCACACCAGAGAACACACACAGGAGAGAAACCUUAUAGCUGUGCUCAAUGUGGGAAGAGUUUUACUACAUCUAGCUAUCUAACUCCACACCUGAGAACACACACAGGAGAGAAACCUUAUAGCUGUGUUCAAUGUGGGAAGAAUUUUUCUACAUCUUGCUAUCUGACUUCACACCAGAGAACACACACAGGAGAGAAACCUUAUAGCUGUGAUCAAUGUGGGAAGAGUUUUGUUCAAUCUGGCCAGCUGACCCGACACCAGAGAACACACACAGGAGAGAAACCUUAUAGCUGUAAUGAAUGUGGGAAGAGUUUUACUAGAUCUGGCUAUCUGACUUCACACCAGAGAACACACACAGGAGAGAAACCUUAUAGCUGUAAUCAAUGUGGGAAGAGUUUUACUAGAUCUGGCUAUCUGACUUUACACCAGAGAACACAUACAUAAGAUAAAUCCUUACAGCUGUGCUCAAUGUGGGAAGAGUUUUACUGAGUCUAGCACUGACUAAUCACCAUAGAACACACACAGGAGAGAAACCUUAUAGCUGUGACCAGAAUUAAUCUGGUAAAAUAUCAGAAACUACAUACAUGGAGUUGUUUCAUGUUAUCAAUUAAUGAAUGUCACAAUGUGGUAUGUUUUAACAUUGUAUUAGGAAUAUUUUAAUAGUCUCAAUGUAGAAGCCUAAACGUUUUCCCCCUCAUCAAUUGAUUUCAACAUGAUAUGGAUUUUAGGCUCAGGGGAAAAAUCCAGGCUCUGAAAUGGAAUAGUACUAAUUUAUGUGAUUUAACAAAAAAAAGAGUUGUGUUACACUUAGUUGGCGACCCACUUGAAUCAAAAUGUAGCUAGCUGUUUUCUACAAAUUUCUACAAAUUGUCCUCUAACCAGGGAUGUACACAUUACUCCCAGAUUCCGUGUGGUUUUUGAGCUGUUAGUUGUGCGCUGCCCUAAGGGACUCCCAAUCACGGCCUGUUAUGAUACAGCCUGGAUUUGAACCAGGGUCUGUAGUGACGCCUCCAGCGAGAUGCAGUGCCUUAGACCGCUGCGCCGCUCGUGUGAUAAAGGUGUGGGAUUCUGGGUAAUCUGCAGCAGAUUUAUGGAGAACUUGAAAAUCGAGUGGUUCUGGGAUAGAAAUUUAUAAAAUUGACAUUACAUCAUAAAAUCCACAUUUUAAACCAUACAUUAGCAAUUUAUGUUUUAGUAACUACUGUUGUUGGUUUGGCGUCAAGUCAGCCUCUCUUUAUAUGUUAUUUGCCAAAUCUCUGUUUUCCAUGUGGGUUUUAUGCUAAAGAUCCCUCUUUCAAGUUGGUAUCUAACUGGAAAAUGCCUCUUCUUUAGGAGUGCUAUUUUUACCCUGUUCACUACUGAUCGUUCAUCCACACUGUGUCUCAUCAAUGCAGGUAAUUUAUGACAAAAGUAUAAAGUAUAUGAGAGACAUGGAAAUAAUGUAUUUAUAUUUAUUAUAGUAAAUUAGGAAUUAGUAGGAAUUGUUAAAUCCACUAUACGAUCACAAUGACUUUGAUAGACAUUUCAAGUUUUUUUGUUAGUAUAUUAUAGGGCAGAUUCAUGUAGAAUUGCUGUGGGAGUGGUAUUUAUAUCCCGUCACUACUGAUCAUUCGUCCAUACUGUGUGUGUCCCAUCAUUGCAGCUUUGGAAAUAAAUUAACUAUCCAUUCAUUGCUCCUUCCUGUGUUGACUCACUGACUUGAGGGACCAGGAAGAUCACACUAGGUCGAUAUCUAACUCAAGCUUCACCUCAUUUUAUUUUUUUAUUUCACCUUUAUUUGAAACUAAAGCACAUUCUACUACCCACCACUGCGACUUGUAUGCUCUAGUCGGCUGGCUCUCGCUACAUAUUCGUCGCCAGACCCACUGGCUCCAGGUCAUCUACAAGGCCAUGCUAGGUAAAGCUCCGCCUUAUCUCAGUUCACUGGUCACGAUGG